GCCAUUUUUCUAGCUUGAAGCAGAUGAAGAGAGUGAAAUUUGUUGAAUGGUUCUAAAUUAUUGGCAGGACUAGAGACGAAGUACCCGGCAGCCGCGCAGGGGUCGCACCACGCGGGGGUGGCUAUUUCAGGAAUGGAAAAGAACAGUAAUUGUGACGGGGGAGGAGGAGGAGGGAAUGAGAAGAAGAAGAGACUGACAAGUGAGCAGUUAGAGUCACUUGAGAGUAGUUUUCAGGAGGAGAUAAAGCUGGACCCUGACAGGAAGAUGAAGCUUGCCAAGGAGCUGGGACUGCAGCCUCGUCAAGUUGCUGUUUGGUUCCAAAACAGACGAGCUAGGUGGAAGGCUAAGCAGCUCGAGCGCUUGUACGACUCUCUCAAACUCCAAUUCGAUUCUGUUUCCAGGGAGAAACAGAAGCUCCAAGAUGAGGUUUCGGCAUUGAAAGCUAUGGUGAAGGACCAAGCCAUGAAGAACAUUCAAGCCUCCGCAGGUCACACAGAAAUCUCUGGUGAAGAGACAGUGGAGAGCACGUCGGUGCGAAACCGGAGCUCUAGCAGACAUGGUGGAACAAGUCACCCACAGAUGGGUCACGGAAACUCUGCUUUCAAUGUCGACGAACUCAAUCCGGUGAUGCCGCCCUAAUGCUGGGGUGCUGUUCUGUCUUCUUCUUAUCCUUGAAUGCGAUUUGCUAGGUUGUUUGUAAAAUUAUAACUACUUCUCUAAUUAGUUUGAAGUUAGCUUUUCAUAUGCCCCAUGAGGAGGUUAUUAUUAUUAUUAUCAGCUUGUCUCCCAUUGCUUUUCGGAUUGGUAUGUUUUAAAAUUGAAUCGGUGAGUGAAUUG